CGCAGUUGGGUGAUGCGGCUGUGCGCGAGUCUCAUAACUCAAUGUGAAGACCCCCAGCUCUCUCAGCCAAUAAGACGUUGGUGCUCGUGAACUGCUGCUCUUUUGCAUUUUGCAAGGCUUACGGGAGAGUAACACGAUGAAGUCGGAGGGUCUGGACGGGAUUGAGAAGUUUGACAGUCCGGGAAAGGGCAGAGGGAUCCGGAUCACCAAACCGUUCAAAGUCGGGGAACUACUGUUCGCGUGCCCAGCGUUCGCAUACGUCCUGUCGGUCAGCGAAAGGGGAUAUCUAUGUGAUUUCUGCUUCGCGAAGAAGGAGGGACUGGCCAAGUGUGGAAAAUGUAAGAAGGCCUUCUACUGCAAUGCAGGCUGCCAGAAGGCAGACUGGAAGCUGCAUAAGCUGGAGUGCUCGUCCAUGUGUGCUUACGGAGAUAACUGGUGUCCCUCAGAGACGGUGCGCCUCGUUGCCAGAAUCCUCGUCAGCAUGAAAUCAAACAAGGAUGGUGAAAGAGGAGCAUCAGAGAAGCUUUUACUCAUGAGCGAUUUGGAAGCCCAUCUGGAUGAGAUGGACAAUGAGAGGCGUGAGGUGAAUGAGAUGGACGUAUCACCCUUCACUCCUGCUUCUGCUCCCAGAAAUGAGCGACUCAGAGAUGCCUACUUCUUCACCUGCAACUGCAAAGAGUGCUCCUCCAGGGCCAAGGACGAGCAGAAGCUGCGUCUGAGGAAGCUGAGUGAAGCCCCGCCCCCAGAGCAAGUGAGGACCGCUCACGCCACCAGCAUCAUGGGAGUUCACCAAGUUUACCUCUUUUUACCCACCUUAUUUUUACCACUACACCCCUGUGUGUGUUUAUGUGUGUGUGUGUGUGUUUGUUUGUGUGUAUAUAUGUACUUUAUAUGUGUGUGUGUGUGCGUGUGUUUGUCCUUGACUCAGUACACACACCCAUCAGAGCUGCUCCAGAUGUGUGAGAUGAGUUUAGAGCGUAUGGGCGCUGUGUUUGACGACUCCAACGUCUACAUGCUCCACAUGAUGUACCAGGCCAUGGGAGUGUGCAUCUACCAGGGGGACUGGGAACAGGCCGCUAGGUACGGGGAGAAGAUCAUCAGCCCCUUCAGUGCCCUGUAUCCAGCCUACUCCCUGAACGUGGCCUCUAUGUGCAUCAAACUGGGCCGACUCUACGUGGGACUGGACAAGCUGUCCUUGGGAAUCAAGUACUUUAAAAAGGCUCAGUCCAUCAUGGAGGUUGCCAUGGGGAAGGACCACCAUUCCAUUGGAGAGCUGAAGAGAGAGAUGCAGCAGCAGAAGUGAAACCACCUGCCCCUGAGACCUGCCCCAUCUGCCCCAC